GGUUACUGAUUAGUUAUGCUUCUGAAUAUUUGCAGGUUAGCUCUCAAGGCCUUCACUGAUCAGAAAAGACAAUUUUUUCCUCACCUUGAUGAUGGAUUACAUGAUCAGGAUGCCAAAUCAGCUUCAAAGAAACUUUGUGGUCCCCAAGUACCGAUGGAAAAUCAUCAAGAAGAGCUUAGCGGUUUUAAGACACUAUCAGAUGUUCUAAUGCAUUUGGAAAAAGAAGUGCCAAAUUUGAAAAUUUUCACUUAUGAGCGAUUGGACUGGUUGAAAAGAGCUUCUUUGCUGCCCUCUUCAACUAAUGAGGCUUCCAUUGAAACAUCUAAAGAACAUAAUUAUCACAAUUCAAAUAAACUAAGAGCAGGAUCGUUGAGUGCGGUUGCUGUAGAGAAGAUUGCUGUAAUUGAGUUGCUGUUUCCAUCUGUCUUCAGAGCAGUUGUAUCUCUGCAUCCAGCUGGUUCUAUUGACCCUGACUCAGUUGCUUUCUUCUCUCCAGAUGAGGGAGGCAACUACAUACAUUCUAGAGGUUUUUCAGUUUAUCAUGUAUUUAGACGCAUCACGGAGCAUGCUGCUAUGGCUCUGCAGUAUUUCCUUGGAAAUCAAGCUGAAACAGCUCUACAUUCUCUUCUGCAUUGGAUCUGUAGUUAUCAAACUUUAUUUUCAAAAGUCUGCAGGUGUGACUCUGUUUCCCACUUUUUAAGAUUUCUUUGAUGGUGUUUGACUUCUAAAUUUUAUGUUGUUGGUGGUGCAGUAAGUGUGGACGGCUAACUUCUAACUUCUAACUUCUAAUUUCAGCUUAGUGUUACCUCUGCACAAUCACCCCAAUGCAUCAACUUCUUAAUGUUUAG